GGCACUUUAGUCCCUGCAGCUACUAGGUUGCCCGGGCCGAUGACGCUACAACGCUGGAAGUACAAUAGGUAUUGUACCUUAGGUACCUGUAUCUUAGGUACACCGGACCUGUAAGCAGUACCUAACCUUAUACCUCCUUGUAGGUACCUAGGUAUCACGGUAGAGACAGAAGUCGGGACCCCUUGGCUUUAAUUGACUGACUCCUUUGCCCUUCGGCUGAGAUGACAAAUCGGUUUCCAAAUUCAAUUCAAUAUUCUUCUCUAUCUUUAAGACGUUUCUUCUAAGAUUUCUUCCAAGACGUUGACGAUAAUAACAUAAACGACAUGACAUUGAUAUCGUCUUAGAAUUCCGAAAGAACAUUCUUAUUCUACCAUUAUCCUACCGACGACGAGACGCUAAACGGAAACUUCGUACAUCUGAUGAUAUCUGAUGAUAAUAGUUAUCCAUCAUGAAGUUGUCCACCGUGUUAAGCCUCCCUGCGCUUCUCGCAGCGUCGCUGUUUGCGCCCCCGAUCGUGUCAGCCGAACAUACAAGUAACUGGGCCGUCCUUGUUGGCACGUCGAGGUUCUGGUUCAACUAUCGCCACCUCGCCAAUGUAUUAUCCAUGUACCGAACUGUCAAGCGCUUGGGCAUCCCCGAUUCGCAAAUCAUUCUUAUGCUACCCGACGACAUGGCUUGCAACCCUCGCAAUGCCUUCCCCGGGACCGUGUAUAGUAACGCAGACCGCGCUGUCGACCUAUACGGGGACAAUAUCGAAGUCGAUUACCGAGGAUACGAGGUCACCGUCGAGAAUUUUAUUCGCUUAUUGACGGAUCGCGUUGGGGACGAGAUGCCCAGAAGUAAGCGACUGCUGACUGACGACCGGAGCAACAUCUUCGUCUAUAUGACAGGACAUGGAGGAAACGAGUUCCUCAAGUUUCAAGAUGCUGAAGAGAUCGGUGCUUUUGACUUGGCAGAUGCGUUUGAACAGAUGUGGGAAAAGAGAAGGUACCACGAGAUCCUAUUUAUGAUCGACACGUGUCAAGCAAACACUAUGUACAGCAAGCUAUACUCUCCUAAUAUUAUCGCUACCGGAUCUUCCGAACUCGAUCAGUCGUCAUACUCGCACCACGCCGAUAACGACGUCGGGGUUGCUGUAAUUGACCGAUAUACAUAUUAUAACCUCGAGUUCUUGGAAUCCGAAGUCAAGGACUUAAGUAGCAAGAAAACGAUCGGCGACCUCUUCGACAGUUAUAACUACGAGAAGAUACACUCCAACGCAGGCGUCCGAUACGAUCUGUUUCAAGGAGGCGCAGAAGCCGCCCGAAGCCGAUUACUAACCGAUUUCUUUGGCAACAUUCAGAAUGUUGAAGUGGACGGAGCUAGGAAUACCACAGUGGAUGACGAAAUGCUAGCUCUCAGCAAAACUAUUGCAAGACUAAGAGUUCUUGCGGACGAGGAAGAAGCAGAAGCGAAGAAAGCAGGCGAGAACAAUGCUACGAUUUCAAACAAACCCAAGUCCCGACCGUCGAAGAGGCUGCAAACAGCUAAACCCCUAACGGAUGAUAAUUGGUAUGGGAAGAAGCUUAUAGGCGCGACAGCAUUAGCUAGUUGUGCUGCUCUAUGGGCUUUGGGAUCAUACUUAGAGACCCCGAAGAAUUAAGUGAUGUUAUAAAUCCGUGUAUCACGUUAUUAAUAAUGAAGUAGAAAAAAAAGAAAAGAAAAAAGAUUAUGGACAGUUAGAUGAGCCGAUGUACCUGAUCUGCCAUAGCGACAACAAGGUUAAAUAUUCUAAAAGUAUAGCAAUGAAUAGAAGUGUGGUAGUCAGGUAGUAUUGAGUGGACAAGUUUAAAAAGUGAUGGGGAGAUAGAAUUGUCAUGGGUUAAAAGAAAUAGCAUCGUUGCGUGCAGUUAUUUUGGGUAAUUUUGUAUUUGUUUAGGUACUUACACUGAGAUAAACUUUGAUUUCUUUUUAUUUUCUUCUUCUACA